AAGCAUUAAAGUCAAAGUGACUGUAGCUCUAGGCUUAGCCUUGCAGUAUAUGACCUUUUGUCGACACCUCUGUUUGUCCAUUGCAUCGUUAGACUGAUACUUAUUCUCGCAGUUGACUGACCACUGUUGACACUUAAUUAAAAAGGUUGACUUAGGGGUUCGUUCCACUUCAACUUAUCCCAUAGAUUAGAUUAUUGGGACAAACAGACAAUCACCCUUCCCGUCCCAUCCCAUCCUGAUUUUUCAUCACUAUUAAACUCAGAUUCCUCUGCACUUGGCUGAUGGCUUCAUCAGUAUUAGUGGCCCGAUUAUGUUUACUGGUUGCCUUUGUAUUCCAUAAUCUUCAAAUCACAAGAAGCAAACAGGUUUGCGAUGUGAAGUCAUGCGGCGAAAUCGAAGAUAUUCAGUUCCCAUUCGGUUUGAAAGAAGCCAAUCAAGAGCCUCAGUGCAGCUAUUAUCCUGACCCCAGUUUCCAUCUCUUGUGCAAGCGCAGCAACCUCACUCAAACAAUCCUCACUCUCCCCAAAACAGAGGACUUGGUAAUCAAGAACAUCGAUUACGAGGAACAAACCAUCCAAGUCAACGAUCCCAAAGGUUGUCUCCCAAAACGUUUCUUGCACAAUAACUGGGACCUUUCGGAUUCACCAUUCACGCUCGACAUCGCACGCUACAAAUAUUUCAAUCUGACCUUCCUCAGUUGCCCCUCAAACUGGACCAAAUCCACGGGGUCACCUAGAAUCGCAUGCCUCAGUGACAACACUGGAAACUCGGUCAUAGUCUUAGGGCUGCGUCCUAUUGACAUGUCAUCAACGUGUGACGUGAUGUCCACGGCUCUUGUGCCGCUUCCGAUGGUGGAUAUGCCUCAGUGGCCAUUCUGGCCUGAUCUCAACCACGAUAUUGGCUUGGCUUGGACCCAACCAAGGUGCUCCAAAUGUGCGGUUAGUGGCCAACGUUGUGGCUUCGUCAACGAUAAAACUUCUCGAGUUGGAUGCUUUUCUACUCCCACCAAAAACCAAGGUCUUAGCAGCAGUGCCAAAUAUGGCUUAACCUUAGGAGUGGGAGUUCCCGGGCUCUUAUGUUUAAUUGGGCUUUCAUGCUUCAUUUGCGGUAAGGUCAAGGUUCGUAUUCAUCGCCGACAGCCCAUCAGAGAGUUCCCAACAAUUUCCCUACAGCCUAUUACUCUUGCAAUGGGCCUUGAUAGGACCACAAUUGAAAAGUACCCAAAGACUCUUAUCGGUGAGAGCGGGCGCUUGUUGAAGCCCACUGAUAAUACCUGCUCAAUAUGCCUCUGUGAAUAUGAGCCUAAAGAUACUUUGAGGACCAUACCUGAGUGCAACCAUUAUUUCCAUGCUGAGUGCAUAGACGAGUGGCUCAGAAUGAAUGGAACCUGCCCCUUGUGCAGGAACACACCGGGGGCAUUAUCUAGAGUUAACCCUUCUUUCUCUUCUUUGUCUCAUCACACUUCAUCAAUGUCCUCUACGCCAUAGAUAGUCCAUGCUUAAACCUCGUGUUUGUGUAGUGUAUAUAGGGCCUAUAUAUAGGCAGGCUAUAAAGAUUAAGAGUAGUGUUUUUGUAUCUGUGUAAUAUUACUUUUCAUUUUUUCCCCUUAAUAUAUAGUUACUAAAAGAGCUUAUAUCA